AUAAUAGUAAGUUAACCAAAUAUUUUUAAAAAGUGGUUCGUCGGGCUCUCAUUCAUUUUUCAAUCGAGAUGCAUAUAUUUCAUUCUGUAAACGUUCUUCCUUUUUUUCGAGUUCUUCCGCAUAUAAGAAUGGAUCAUACUUAUAUAAAAGGGGAGAGAGUGUCUGGGUUUCAAGUGAUCGGGAGUAGGUCUGGCCCAGAUCACAUAUACAGUUCCUGUGCCCCCAAAGACUCAAGUACCCCUCCGAAACGAGGAAGCAAGAGGGCAGUGUCAACUCCCACAGGACAAACACCUACACAUGAACCUAAAAGGAUUGAACUGGAUGAAAAAACCAGACACAACAAAUGGUCCCUUGAUGAGACAUCCUUUCUGAGAGAAUACAGUCAGACAUUACGAAAAGAUGGCGAGUCAGAAAACAGUUUCUGGAACAACUGCGCAAUUGCAAUGAACAACAUGUUUGGUGGAAAAAACAGAACAGGGAAGUCCUGCAAGAUGGCAGCCUGGCGGUUAAAUCUUUCUGGUACAUGUAACAGCACCAUGUGUACUUCUGUUAAUGAAGAAUUUGUGGAUUUUACGCCGCUGUCAGAGACAAAAGGAAACAAUGUGGGAACCCAGACUGAUUUGUCUUUUAAUAAUAAGCAAAGGUCUAACAAACAAGACUGGUUUUUUUUUGAACCACGGAAAAAUCUGCAGGGGACAACGAAUGUGUGUGCUGAAACAGUAAAUACGGCCGCACUAAGACGUUUAAGGACCUACUCUGAGCUAAAAGAGUCUGAGAUACAGGAGAUCAUACAAAAAAUAAGUUCCAGCUCUCCAAGAGAAGUAGCAGGGCAUAUAUUGUCUUCUCCAUUGAGAGGAAGUAUCAUUGUUGAACUUUUAAAUGAAAUUGAAUAUGCAGCAAAAGAAUGCUGCAACAAGGACAGUGUUUUGGCCCAAAAGGAUUUCUGUGACCUGGCUGAAUUUAAAUGGCAUGAACUCAUUGAUGAAUUAUUAGAGCAACAGCCAUUGCUAGCUGAUGUUCUCUUGGCUGUGUCUCUACCAACUUCUAAGAUAGGGAAUACAAAAUCUGUUCAGAGCCUUAUACCGGUCAUAUCUACUGUGUUUGGAAUUUUGAUGAAAACACGAUACCAGGAGUUGUCGUUAGUUCAAAAGAUGAUCGCAAUGACUUUAGCUAAUGAACAAACAAGCCAAAAAGUACAAUUUGUUUCAACUGUGUUUGGUGUUUUUUUUCAAAUGUUAUGUUAAAGCCCAAUAGCACAAAAUAUGAGUU